UUUUAAAAUAAUUUAUAAUUGUAAAAUAUAAAAUGACCGAAAAUUCGCCUGAAAACGAAGUUGGAGAUGAACGGUUCAAAUUAAAGGCCAGAUUCAGAAAAAAGAAAGAAAAAACAUUUGAAAAGGAUGAAAGAUUUGAUAAAGUUCUUAAAGAAGAUGUAAAAUCGAAAACUGGACCCAAAAUUGACCCAUUUGGUCGACCAUUAGAUGAUACAUCAAUUAAUGAAAUAUAUUCUUCCUCUGAUGAAGAAGAUUUGGAAGAGGGAUUAGAUUCAAGCGUAAAGGAGGAAAAGGAACCCAUAGAAUAUGGUGAAGAAAGUGAUCGCAUUGCAGUAAUUGGCUGUGACUGGGACAAUAUAACAGCGGAUGAUCUAUUUGUUCUAUUCGAAACUAUCUAUAGAUCAAUAACUAAUAACAAUUUUGUCACCGCAGUUAAAAGGGCGGCUAUAUACCUGUCAGAUAUUGGUGAAAAGAAGAUUUCAGAAGAGAAUGUAUCAGGGCCCUCAAUAGAAAAUGAUACAGAUAAACGUGAUGAAGAAGAUGAUGAUGAGACUAGACAAGAGGCGCUUAGAAAGUACCAAAAGGAACGUUCAAGAUAUUAUUACGGUGUUGUGGAACUUAAUUCUGUGGAAAAGGCCAAAAUUCUGUACGAUGAACUUGACGGAACAGAAGUGUCGUUUGCAAUAGAUGGCUUGGAUUUACGUUUUGUUCCAGCGUCUUUGGAGUUUCCAAGGAAACCAACGUCUGAAUCCUUUAAAAUACCAGAUAACUAUCAACCUCCAGUAGGUUCUCAAUCGGCCUUGAGACACUCAAAAGUUGAAUGUAAGUGGGAUAUAACUCCUGCAAAAAGAUUCAAAACCUUAACAAAAAGGUUCACUGAACAAGAAUUAGCCUCUUUGGAUUUGUCAGAAUACUUAGCCUCGGAUGAUAGUGAAAAUGAUGUGGAAGAGGAAAAUGUGUCAAACUACAAAAGAUUAGUAAAAGAAGUUAACAUGGAAUCUGAUACUGAAGAUGAUGAUAAAGAAGGGGACUACAGUGAGUCAUUAUCAGAUGAAGAUGAGGAUGAACUGGAAAAUGAUGGUAAUGAGCAUAUAUCAGCCACAGUUGGAAACUUUAAAAUCUCAUUUGGUCCUGAUGUAGCAAUACCAACAGAAGAAGUUGUUGACAAACCAGGAGAUUAUAAUGGAAAACUGAAAAAGAAGAAGAAUAAAUUUAAGAAUAAAAGAGGAAUUGACGAACAUACAAUUGAGGGACGUCACUUUGAUAUGAGAUAUUUGAAGAGUAAAAAGCAUCAAAGUAAACUUCAACAGCCAGGAUUCCAGUCAAAUUUCGAUGAUGAGAGGCUUAAGAAGGUGUUCCAGGAUCCCAAAUUCGAAAUUGACACAACUGACCCGAAUUAUAAAAAAACUGAAUUUAACCAAAAAUUGCUUGAACUAAAAUCUAAACGUAAAAACUAA